AUGGACAAAACAGAUCUAGAGACCUAUCAAGUCCAGCUAUCUCAAGUUGAGGUCGCACUCUCUGCCGACCCAGACAAUGCAGAGCUCGAAGCACUGCGUUCGGAGCUGAAGGAGCUUAUUGGACUUACGCAGACCGCAAUCGCCCAGGCUGAGCUAGCAUCUUCAUCGAAAGUCGAGUCAUCGCGAAAGUCUUCCUCGGCUACUCCUGUGCAGACUUGGACUGCCGGCGAUGAGUGUCAGGCUAAAUAUUCAGCGGAUGGGGGUUGGUACCCGGCGAGGAUAACGUCAGUAGGGGGCUCUGCAGACAACCGUGUUUACAGCAUUGUAUUCAAGGGUUACAACACGACAGAGCAGGUGAAAGCAUCCGAGGUCAGACCACUCCCCCCAAACUACACCUACAAUGCACCCGUAUCGAAUAAGCGCAAGCUGAGCAAGCAGGAGGAGGAGGAGCGGGAGCGAAAGAAGAAGAAGAAUGAGAAGAAGCUAGAGGCAAAGGCAGCCAAGGCUAAGGAACAAACCCAAAAGCAGGCGACGUGGCAAAAGUUUGCGAAGAAGUCAGAAAAGAAGGGGGUGCAUAUUGCAGGAGUCGCCGGGACCAGUAUCUUCAAAACUCCCGACAACCCUCUUGGUCGAGUGGGAGUUACUGGGAGUGGGAAAGGCAUGACAGAGGUGGCAACUCGGAGCAAGCAUGUCUUCGUUGCCAAAGACGAUGAGAAUCCGUAA